AUGAUACCAAACAACUCAUUCAUAAUAAGGGACGCAACUAUUGAUGAUGUACAAAGCAUCAGAGAUAUAUAUUGUCAUUAUGUUAGAGAGGAGACAUGUACAGUUGAGCUGGCCGAGCCUUCACUAGAGGAGUUCACAUCACGUUUCAAUCAUAUAGUUGUAAACGAACGUAAUCCAUACUAUGUCGCAACGACUACGAUCAAGACACCCGGCGACUCUGACUCGAGUCAGACAGAGACAACAGUGAUUGCAGGCUAUGCCUACAUCCAUCUGUUCAACUCACGCUCAGGCUAUAAGUACACUUGCGAGGAUACCAUCUACUUGAACCCGGCAUUCAAGGGAUGUGGUCUCGGCGCAUUGAUGUUGAAACGACUGAUCACAGUAGCAACAAAGAUGGGCUAUAGACAGAUGAUAGGAUGCACGAGCACCAACAAUGAACAAUCCGGUAGACUGCAUACAAAGCACGGCUUCCAAUACCUUCACAAGAUCAACAACAUUGCUCUAAAGUUUGGACAAUGGAUAGGUGUCGAAUACUAUCAACUGGCUCUUGGUGAAGGCGACAGCAAUCUACCCACCUCUCCUAUCAUUCCCUAUGAUCCAACCUCCAACUACAUCUAA